AUGAAGGCGUAUGGAGCACGGUGGCGGCGGCGGUUUGGCGUUGCCCUGGGGGUGGUGGCUCUGGUGGGGCUGACGGGGCUUGUUCAGGCUGCCCCUGUUGAGAAUGUGAACAUCCGCACGACCAAUUGUGAGGACAUUAGUUUUAGCGUGAUUGAGGCACCCAAUGCAGAUAGCCCGUUGCCUGGCUAUCAGAUUGUGCUUGACGACCCCGUUCGGCAGCCAGAGGAUGGCUUUAUACCGGGUAACCCGAUUGUCUUUGGCCUCAUGAUUACGGGCAAGGACCUCUACCACGAAUACCUGGGCCGCAAGUCCAUGGACUGUUUCCUCAACCAGACCUAUGACCGCAAGGUUUUGAUCGUUGUCAAUGACUCGCCAGAGUAUAGCAUGGUCGACGGUCCCAGCGAGUGGCUCCGUGCGCGGCAGUUGCCUGAGCCACCUCGAGAGAGGUCAUGCGUAGUCGAACUGCGGGUGCCUCCCCGCCAAUUCGUACUGGGAGACCUGCGCAACAUUGCCAUCAAUGCCGUUCCCUUGGGGGCGGUGUGGGUCCAAUGGGACGACGAUGAACUUGAGAACAUGUUCAAGCGUCACGCCCUGGUGGGUUACAUGGCAGCCGAGUAUAACCUGUACAUGCAGCUCAACAGCACUUGGCGCUUUACCACGAGUGCGAAUAUCUUUCAUGACUGCAUCCACCCGUUCUCGCCCCGGCAAAAAAAAACAGACCCACAAGGGUUGCACGGAACCAUCAUGGCCUACAAGUCUUCCCAGAUUGCGGAGCUACAAUACCCCAGCCUGGGGCGAGCCGAGGACUCCAAGUUUUGGAACCAGCUACGGGAGAACAAGAUUUCGCACACUUCAUUGAACAACGACCCUUGGCUCUACUUUAAGCUGUUUCAUGGAACAAACACCUGGGGUGCUGCGCAUGCCGGGCAGCAGCGCGGCCAAAACGAUGUGUGGUGUACGCGCGACGAGGGUUUUGGCUGCGACAAAGAAACGGCCAAUGAGUACCACCGGUUUGUUCUCAGCGUUUAUCGUGACUGGCACCAGGUCUUUGGUGUCGAUCCCACCACUGCAGCCUGA